AUGACGGAAGAAGCAAAACAAGAAUGUAGUAUCUGUUGCGAAGGCUAUUUAAAACUUCAAGAAAUCACUUCUGAGUGCAAGCACAAUGAUGCCUGUCCUGUUUGCAUCAAACGACAUAUUGAAGCUGAGUUGAACAGUAAAGGAGAUAUUGUUCAAGUGCGAUGUCCAAAAUCUCGUUGCACAACAGAGUUGACUUUUGAUGAUGUGAGAAGAUUGGCAACAAAAGAAUUAUUUGAAAGGUAUGACACAUUGUUAUUACGCAAUGCUAUCCGUAAACUUCCUGAUUUUCGUUGGUGCAAGGCUCCAAAGUGUGGUUCUGGUCAGGAGCAUACAACUGGAGAUAGAUUACCCAUAAUGACUUGUAGUGCUUGUAGCGCUAAAUCCUGUUUCACUCAUGAUGUUCCUUGGCAUCAAGGCCUGACCUGUGCACAAUUCACCGAGCAACUAGAAAGCAAAGAUUAUACUGCCAAUCGUGCCUAUUAUGAACGACUUACGAAACAAUGCCCAAGUUGUCAAAUGUCUAUCGAGAAAAAUCAGGGAUGUGAUCACAUGAGUUGCCGCUGCGGUUAUGAAUUUUGCUGGCUUUGUCUUGGUGAUUACGAAAAUAUUCGUAACAAUGGUAAUCAUUAUCAUGCACCCACUUGUCAAUAUUAUGCAGCCUACAAUUCAGAAGAUGAGCAUGACAUGCCCAACAUGUCAGAAAGACCAAGAUUCAAGGAGGGUUUAGCUAAAAUCAAAGAUGAGGAUCUUUUCAAAGAAAUCAACAAAGUUCCAUUAUUUAUGACUGAGCUACUCGAGGAUGAAAGAGAAGAAAAUGCAGACUUUAAUCAAGGAAAUGAAUGUUUCAAAUCUGGCAAAUUGCAUUAUCAAGAUGCAAUAAAUUUUUACACUAAAGCAUUAGAUACUGAUUGCAAAGAUAAUAAAAUGAUUGAAGCUUGUUUAACUAAUAGAGCUGCCAUAAAUUUGGAAUUAUUUUUAAAUGAUUGUGCAAAGGCAUUAAAAAUCAAUCUUAAAAAUACCAAAGCAUUUUAUCAAUCCGCAAAAGCUUUAUAUAUGCUUGAUAAAUUAGAUGAGGCUUUGGGUUGUUGUGAUCAUGCACUUUUGUACAAAGAGUCAGAUUUUGUUGCAGCUCUUAAUGAAGACACUACAUUUCUUGAUUAUUUAGAAGUAAUUUUUGAAAAUCCUGCACCUAGAGGGACAUUGAUGGCAAAUAUACAGUGUGUAACAAAAAAUUUUGGAAAAAUUUUCACAAAUUCAAACACUAAUAACUUUCCCAAAAUAAAAGUGAUUCAUUUCAUGUUUUGA